AUGAUCUCAAAACUUAUAUACAUCAUCGAAAAAAAUAGUACUGUCGAACAUGUUAUUGGUUACAAUUAUGAUGAAAAUUCCAUCGUUGGUGGUCUUUAUACUCGUGUUGGUAUUAGAAGCAUCUAUGUGUAUUCGAUCUUCAGUGCUUUCGCUAUCAUUAGUAACUUGAAUUCAUCAACAUGGAUCGCCUAUGUUAAAGUAGCAAUCAUUAUUUUAGAAUUCAUCGAAGGUACCGUUCAGGCAUUGUUCAUUCUCAUUGCAUUGCGCAAACGUCAGAGACAAACGAAUAAAUAUGAAUAUCCAGCGCGUGAAAUGAUCAUUCUAUUGAUCAUGCUUGAUCUAAGUCUCUGGUUCGAAAAAAUAACAACAUCGACUAAACCUGAAGCAAAUCCAAUUCAAUUGGCUUUCUAUCAUGUCGUUCCAUGGUCGAUCAUUGCUGCAAUUGCUACACCACUUCAAAUCCUUUUUCGUUUUCAUGCAUCUGUCUGUCUUUCACAUGUAUGGGCAAAUAUGUACUACUUGCCGACCUAUGAACCAGUAACUCCUCGUGAUUUUUGA